CUAUUGCCUGGUAGGGAAGACAAUUCAGGUGAAGGGUGAAGAAUUGCCGAGAGCACCCUGCCCGUUCACCAGAAAACGGUACGCGAACGGUGCCGGUUGACUGAUUCGCUAAACUAGGUCUCGCGUACCAGCACACACACCCGGACAUCUUUGCCGGCAGCAUCGGCUUGGUGGAAAAUGCACCCAUGGUAUACGCUCACACAUCGAGCCGUGAGUGCGUUACCUGAUAUCAGUUCCCCAAAAAUUGACUAUAUCGGAGGUACCGAAAGAAGCUAAAAAGGUUCACACCAGUUUGCGCCUGUGCGUGUGUGAGUUCCAGCGGCUUUUGGCGUCUGUCUCGGAGGCUUCUCGUGCGGGUCGCCUGGUCCCCAUUGAUUGAUAUGUGCAUACAUUUCGAUUCAGUAACGCCGGACCGUGCCGGGUGGGAAGAUGUUUUCUUGUCGUGGCUCCACAACCGUGUCGGUGAUCGCACUAGUACUGUUAGGUUUGCCGCUAGCCGAACCCUACCGGGAUGGUAAGUUUGGUGCCCGACUGGUGGGCCACAUCCGCGAACGACGCUUGGAGCGGAUUCAACAGCGGCAACGUUCACUGAUCGCCUCCAAUGAGGCUUACCACGAUUACUCCAUGGACUACCGGGAUGAGGUACGAUCCGCUGCGGAGAAUAAUGACACUGUCCCGGACAUGGCGAACCGGAGCAAAGGUGAGGAUUACGAGAUGAAUAUAGGCGACCCGGUGGAGGAAGUGCGUAGAUCACCAACCGCAUUACUCGACGCACUAAAGCCCUCCCCACGGAGGUCGAUAUUUGAGGGAAAGAUCAUAUUCCGGUUCUACCAUGGGGGUAAUCUCACGAAACAGACAACACUAGUCGAGGGCGAUCGGCUGCUAAACGGUACCGAAUGUUCACCGGACGAACGAUUCGCACUGAUCGUGCACGGAUGGCGCGAGAACUGUUACGAAGUGCCGUGGGUGUUGAAGCUACGCGAGAACCUGCACCUUCAUCGGGGUGGUUGUAUCGCCUGCAUGGACUACUCUUCCUUCUCGAGCGGUGGAUACGGCGGGCUGGUGGGCGUGUUCCGAGACAUCCGCGACGUACUGAUGCACUUCCUGCUGCAGCUCCGGUACGAGGGCAUCCAGUUCGAGCGUACGUACGUGUUUGGGUUCAGCUUCGGUGCUCAGCUAUCCCUGGACGUCGGCAAUCGGAUCGGUGGGCAAGAGUUGGAAGCGAUCGAUACCUGCGAUAUGGCCGGACCCGGUUUUGACAGUGAUCGUGCCUUUAAGCAGAUGGACUUUCGUAAUGCGGCCAAAAAUGUGCAGUGUGUACACACGAGCAUCGACAAGGGUACCAAGUUCCCGAACAAAUGUCACCAAAAUUGGAGGAUGGGACAGUGCGGGUUACGGCAGGCAGCGGCCGGUCCACCACCACUCGGAUCACACGGGCUCUGUCCAGUGUUUUACAACCUUGCGUUUAAGUACCAGUUCCUAGCCCAGCCGAAACCACCCGAAUGUCUAUCGCUCAGUGAGAUGGCCACCUACCCGCGCAACUAUCGAAUGGGUUAUAUGGAAGAGAGAAAAAGUGAGGUACGUGGAGAACUCUUCGCCCAAACUUCUGACGUAUACCCAUACACGGUAUUUACCAACCCGUACAACAUAUUCGAAUAUGGCUUCUAACUUCUGGUGGAGGCGGAUAGAUCUACCCCAAAGACAAGAUUGAAAAAGCAUCCAAAACCCAACCCAGGUGCCAAUUUAAGGACCCAGUGCCAAGCGUUUUAAUGAUCUACAUACACACACCUCGGCGUGUAGGAGUUUCCUUUUACCUUCCAAACCUUCCGACGACGGGUUUUUUUGGAGUUGCGGCUGAACCUGUUCGAACGACCCGUACCAAACCUACGACUUCGAGGGAGUUACAGGUUUUGUGGUUUUUUUUGCAGACUGUUUCAGUUUGAUUGUUCAUGUUUUAUUUUUGUUCGCUGUAAGUAUCGAUGAAAUAAACGUUUUACUUCAUAUUUAGUACGGUAACUGAUUCACCUGGUCUAUUUGUCUGGUGUGGUGUGAUGUGAGUCCCUUUCGCCUGUUACGAUGACUUUUAGUAUCGGUUUCAUGUUUUUCUUCUCCCUUCGUUCAGCUAGUUUAGUCUUCUAAAUUGGUUACGCUAGUGUGUUUUUUGCCCGACGUCAUUCGGUUUGCUUGUUCGAUAACACGAUCACUAGUGGUAAGGUUAGUGAGCCACCGGACUUGGAGUAAUUUUAUGGAACCAUUUUUUUGUCGUUGUUGUUGUAGUCUUUUGUUAUCGCUUUAUGUUUCGUUCACUCUCGAAAUACGUUUAGAAAACCUUAUUUCCAUUGUACCUCUUGUCGCUCGGGGCGGUGGGGAACAUUUUAACGUCAACCACUGUCACAAGAAGGGCAAAGAUGGUAAAAUUAUGAAAGAAAAAAAUAAAACGCUCGUGUGGCACCUCGCACCGGUAACGAUCAGUAAACAUUAGAUGGUAAUCGCGAGCUGGAAAAGUAGUUCAAAUUAGCCAAGGGAAAGAUACCUGCCAAAUGCACCGGUUUUUGGUAGUGCAAAAAGUUACUUCUAAUUGGUUGCUUUCUUUUGUUUUACUGUUUUACUUUCCUUGAUUAUGCGCUUGGAAAAUGAUCGUUAAACGUGUGUCGUAUAACCAACACCGGGGGAAAGUAUAAUUAAACGAUGAUCUGUUUUAAAUAUAAAAUGACACAUUAACGCUGAUGAAGACGGGUGGGUUCAAUAGUGCAGCUGGCAAACGCACGACUCGGCAAUACGCUCGCGGCCGGGUUCAAAUCUCAACUACGCACGAUUUUCUACUCCUCUAAUCUUUCGGUCAUGAAUAAUAGAUGGCACACACAGAUUAGAAGAGCAAGGCCGUCUUUAGUGGCAAAAUAAAAAGAAGAAGAUACAGUAAAUGACUUAUGGUGUGUGUUAAUAACAUAAUUAAUAACUCAUACUAAUGUCUCAAUGUUAAUAAGCUCACCAUGAUAGGAUUUUCGAGCCAAAGGGAGAAAGUUGAAGUUAUUUCU